CGGAGUGGUGGAGAUAAGACGAGAGGGAAGACGGAGAGGAGGUAAGAGUAGAUAAUGUGAUAAGACGUGAGGUGAGGAGCCGGGCCGACAGCUUGGAGAAGAGGGACGCUGGGGUGAGCGCCGCUGCCACACGCCAAUAUUUUUCACACAGCUUCUCUCCGCGGGCCUGCUAGCGUAAUUAUACACUGUCAUUCACCGCUCAUGUCUCGCUUGAGAGCGCUGGGUAGAGUGAAAAGAUGAUGUCUCAUGAGGAGCAUCAUGCGCCAGGAGAAGAGGAAGAUGGAGAAGAUGAGGAGGGUGAUAUUGAGGCAAGGACAGCAGUGGAGGCUCUCCUUGCACUCACUUCCCCGACUGAUUAUACGCACCACACAGUUUAUGAGGAUGACUUCAUCAUGGAACCUGUGCCAGACGAUUACUCUGAAAAAAUUGUAUCUAGGAAAGAGGUGGUCGGAGUGUAUAAUGUGGACUCGGUGCCCGCAGAGAUGAGUCUGGAUGAUAACUGUGUACGAGUGAUAAGGGAGCCUGUAUCUAUGCACAUUGAGAAUACUAGUGUAAGGGACACAAGAGAAAUGCAAGUGACUGUUUGUACAUCUGAGCCAAGUUUACCACAGCAAGAGUUUAAUGUGUCAGAAACAAAAGAAAUAGCCUCAUCUGCAUUAGUCCCGGCCACCAAUAUUCAUAAUACAGAUGAUGGACUGAAGCAGCUAAAAGAAUUUGUUAAAGUGACUGAAGGAACAAAGAAAGAAGUUAUUACAACACUCUCCGAAAAUAAUGAUCAUAAUAUGUACGCUAGAGGGUGCAGUAGUGUUGAAAAAUUUCAUACUUAUUCACAACCUAUUCGUAGAGAAGAAAAAUUACCCGAAACAUUCAAAGAAAAAUCUGAGACAGCAGUCGCAUUGCCAGUUACAAAGGCGUGUGAAAUUGCCAAUGUAAAACAAUGCGAUACUACUUUAUCUCCCCGUGUACCUAAGAAGGAAACUUUGUUGGAAGCAAAUGCCAAUGUUCGUUCAAAAAUGGUUUGUAGUGGAAGCAGAAAUAAACGAGGGGUACAAAAACUAUUAACGGCUGGGGAUAUUGUCCAGAACUUUAUAAAGCAUCAGGAAAGAUUGACAAACUCCAGUCAGACUUUAGAGCAAACUAAAGGUGCUAUUAAUACAGGAAAAGAAAAGUUGAAGGGAAAUGCAGAGGAAAGUGUUGAAAUUAAUAGGAAACAAAUGGAUAAAUUGAAGGAAUCACAAAGUGCAGGUAAUGUAAUCAAACCUAAGAAUGGUAAUAAUAUUGACAGUAAAAUUGUUCAUGCUGAAGUUAAUAGUGAUGGCUCUGAUUCUGAGAAUGAGUCUGAUUCUUCUGAUUCUGAUGGUGAUUCUGAUACUAGUAGUUCCAGUAGUGACAGUGAUUCCUCAUCCUCUGAUUCUGAUUCAGAUGGAUCUGAUUCUGAUAGUGACUCGGAGACUGAUUCCAAGAGCACUGGGGAGUUGGAAAAAAAGUCUGAAAAUGUUGAAAAACAGAUUGAAGGUGUUAGAAAAAAUGGAAAUGUUGAAAAGUUUGGAAAGCUAAUGAAUGAAAAUUUAAAGUGUGUUGGUAACUUAUUGAAUAAGAAUUUAGGUUCCAGUAAUAAAGAAAAUAUUAGUGAGUUAAAACCUUCUCAAACAGAGGAGAAGAGUAAUGGCAAAAAGCCAGAUGAUAUACCUGUUGAACUUAAGUGUAAGGAAGUAAAACCAGCACUAAACUUAAAAAAUGAAAUUCCGGUCAAAACUGAAGGCUCUGAUAAGCCUAAGCCAACAAGUGUCGUAGAGGAAAAGGCAAGCAGCGAGCCUAAAAACUAUAAAAAUAGCUUUGAUACUUACAUGGAAAGAAAGGAAUCAAGUGAUGAAAAGAAAUGCAUUAAUGCUACCAAAGUUCUUAAUGAUGUUGAGAAGAAUAUAACUACAAAGAAAACUAUUGAUAAAGAAGAAAAUAAUAUUGAAAAUAGUGAAAAUAAAAAUAUCAAACAAAGCGAUAUGGUUUCAAAAGCUGAUAAUGUAAAGAAAAGCUGCGUGCAAAUUAACAAACCAAAUGUAAGUCCCACAAAAAAUACUCAAAAGGUACAGAGAAAAACAAAUCUUUACAAGUCCAGCAUGGAGAAAAUGAGUGAGGUAGACUUGGUACAGCAGGUUGCUGUUGCAUUUGCUCAGCAACUUACCACAAUACAGGCAAAUCAGCUGAGAGGCCUUUCAGAAAAGUCACUUCAUCAAGAAGAGUAUUCAAAAGACUACAAAGAUGAUGAUAUGGAAUGUCUAAAUCAAAACAGCUUAGAUGGAGAAAUGGCAGAAGAGGACAAAAUUGAUUACGAAAUUGAUGACGCAUUUCCUAUACCCAUUCAAGCUGAAGUGGUUAUGUCUGAAGGAAGCGAGAGCGGCAUUGAGUAUGAAAGCUAUGACAGAAGUGCCAUGGAGAAUGAUGAUAUUGGCUGGUGCAAGAAGAGCCAUGAGAUACUUGACCAAUCAGAAAAGGAAAACAUUGAACUGAUGGCAUACCUCAAGAGCUUUGUAAAUGGUGGGGGUGAGGGGGAAGUAGUUGAAUACCCACCCUUUAAUAACACGGUGCCAUCGGAUGGUAGUGACCUUACUCAGUGGCAGCUGGAUGGCGUGCACUUGCCUCCAUUUACUCCCAAUGUUGCUCCACCCUCAUGGCUACGUCUCACAAUACCAGCUGAAGGUUAUCGUUGUCAUUCCUGCGGAGACACCUUCUUCAUUGAAAGUUCGGUAGUGCAGCAUCGAGAACGGCGCAGUGUGUGGAUCAGCCUGGAGUGUGGCCCAUGUGAUGCCAAGCUCACCUUUUAUAACCGCUGUGCCCUUAAAGAUCAUCUACGCAACCACAUGAUGCAAGGUGAAGAAGUUGACGAAGAGACUGUAGAGGUGCGAUCUCUUCCACUUCAGCUGACUAGACUCCUUCAACCCAUCCUGGUACCUGUUCCAAAAUCCCUAAGGGUGGGUAAUAAGAAAGUCAGAAGAAAUUUAAAAGGUCAUGGAGCUGUGAAUAAAUUACCGGUGUUGAAACCUAUUGGUAGAUCAGCAGCCAAAAUCUCCGAAGAAUAUCUUAAUGGUUCUUUGGAAGAUCAUUUUGGGGAAGAUGAUAGUGAGGAGUUUGCAGAAUAUGGAGAUGAUGACAUAAGGAGUCGAUUGAAUGUACAUGACAAGAUACCUUCUGGCAUGAAGAGGCUUUCAACUAGAAAACGAACUGUAAGGUGUUACCUGUGUGAGAGAAUGUUUCAUAGUGUGCGUGAACUGAUGGCUCAUAUGAGAACAGAUCAGCCAUAUUCAGACCAACGUGUAGAAUGCAAGAAGUGUCAGCUAGUAUUGCCAAGUGUGUGUGCAGCAAAGGCUCACAUCCUUACGCACCCACCAGCCAAUACUUCCAAUAUGUCUGUGUGUCCGGAGUGUGGUAGUAGAUGUGAUGGUCCGAGAGAAUUUGUACAUCACCUUAAUACGUGUGGACAUCAGUUUCGCCGUUCUGGCAUUGUGUGUACUGAGUGUCAGGUGUGUUUCUUCAAGUCACAAGAUGAUUUCUUGACACAUUGGAUUGCUGAGCACUGUGCAAAAUCCUAUGAGUGCGUGGUAUGCCGCAACACCUUUGAGAGCUUAGUAUUUCACAAAUGCACAUCACCAGGGCAGCAUGUCUUAGCAACAUUCCGGUGUCUUUUAACGUGCCCUCUUUGUUCUCUCGCAGUUCAGCUACAUGCACAAGAAGAACGUGAUACUAAUGCCAAGAUCAAAGCUCAUUUAGCAGAUGCUCAUCCUUCCAUAAUAACAAGAGUUCACUAUGUUUAUAAGUCUAAAUUUUGUACAAAUGCUUUUCGCUCCAAAGAUGAGUUAAGAGCACAUCAUGACCGUGAACAUCGACGAGACAACCAUUACCGCACAAAAACUUGUACGUUGCAUCAUGAGGUCUUGGGCUAUCAGCAUCAGUAUUUUAAUGGUCAAGAACCGAGGAAUGCAUUUGUAACAUUGCCUGUAGCUCUAAGUGCUGAAGAGCUGCACGAGGCACGGAUACGGGAUGUCCCUACUGUCAGUAGUGUCAUUGAUAAAACUCUCUUUCCAGACAUAACUACUCAAGAAAGUGGAAAAACUGGAAAGGUAGAAAGACACAUUAAAAAUAAAGUUGCAAAUAAAAGUUCUCCUAAGGAAGUUGACACAAAGGAGACUUCAUUGAAAGAUAGCCCAGCCAAAAAAGAUAUGGAUCAAUUGGAUAAGUUGCGACCAAAAGUUUGUUAUCGUUGUGGGUAUAAAUACGAAGACAACAAGGACUUUAGGCGGCAUAAACGAACAUGCGAAGGUGAGUCAGCUGAGCGACAUUGUGAGAUUUGUGGUAUGGUUGCUAUUGGUGAGGAUUUUGCACGUCAUUGUCUUGGUCAUAUACAGGAUGGCGCUGUGUUGUGUAUAUACUGUAAUGGUUCCCAGUUCAACAAUUCUAAUGACUUAGAACAACACUUUGAACUACAUGUGCAUGAGCAAUUUUCAUAUCCAGCUACUUGUGCUUUUUGUUGCACAUCACUGCCAGAUGUGCCUUCAGCAUUAGCACAUCUAAAUGAAGAGCAUGAUCCACUCCAUGUUCCGUUUGAUACUUCAGAAUUUGAGUGCGAUCGUUGUGGCCGUCGCUUCCACGGUGAAAGAGGUUUAAGUGUUCAUUUGGGACGUUGUACACUUGGAACAGCAACACCUACUCCGUCUGCUGGGUGUCGACAGUGCCAAGUGUGUACUAAAGCACUUACACCAGAAAUGUUUGGCCGCCAUCUGGUUUGUCAUCUGGAGGAAGGGUUGUUGGUGUGCAGCUUGUGUGAUGGACGUACUUUACCCUCUAGUAUGGCCCUUUUACACCAUUUAGAGGAACAUGCAGCUGCUCUGGCAUACCCAAACUCUUGCCCUAUGUGUUGCUUUGCAAUGCAAGAUGAGAGUUCAGCACUCAUUCAUCUCAAAGAAGAACAUGGUUUUGGAAAUUUACACUGUGCAGAGUGUGAUAUGCAUUUCAACUUCACGUAUCAACUUCAGCGUCAUACAGACAUAGUUCAUAAGAUAUGCCAGUAUGCUAAACGAAGGUACAUUUGUUGGAUAUGCAGAGCUUAUGAUCAUGUUAAGAAAGAAACGCUCAUGAACCAUUUCCGCACAGUUCAUGGGCUUGAUCGAGAACAAGUGGAUGAGAAGGUGAUGAUAAGGACACGGGGUCAGGGAACUAUGCCAACCUCACAAUUCAUACCCACUAAACCUCUCGGUAGUAAAGAGAAUCCAGGAACUUCCUCGGCAAGCAAAUCAGAUUCAGAAAAUGUGCUUUUUAAGUCUCAGAAGGAAAAACCGAAGAGCUCACCAGACAAGACUUCAACAAUUGAAUCUCCAAGUAAACAGCAUAGCAACAAAUCUUCCCAAAGCUCGUCUGUGAAAAGCUCACCUGUGAAAAGUUCACCCAACAAACCUUUCAAUUCUCCAAAUCUGAAAAAGGUGUCUACUAGGAAAUCAGAUUCAAAAUUGAAGGACAAAAAUAAAGUGUUGAUAAAGCGGUUGCCAGAUUCAAUUCUAGAUGAACAGUCUAGAUCAAAGAGAAGAAAAGUAUUAAGCAAUGAUGAAGUAAAGAUGGAUCCAGAUAUUGAAGUCAAGAAAGAAGGAAAAAAGAGAAAAAGAAAGAAAGCUUACAGGUGUAAUAUUUGUUCAUUUGGCACCAAUUACAAAGACAAGCUUGACAAUCACAUCUUAAAGCAUAAACAACUUGGGGAAGAAACCGAUUCUGAUGGAUUUGUUUGUCGUGAAUGUGGUGCUUCGUUUGUUGUGGAACCAUCUCUUGCACGCCAUAUGUUUUUUGCUCACAAAGUGAAACUUCAGGUGUCCAGUGCUGAUGAAAAUGAAGACAAUGACAAAAGUGUUAGUGAAGUCAAAAGAAAAAGAACUUUAGUGAAAGAACCAAAAGUUAUAAAAGAGGAGAAAGAAAAUGAAAUAAGUACUAAAGAGCUGAUAGUAGAGAAAGAUGUUAAAGAGGAAAAAGACUCGGCCACUAUUAAAGAUGAGAAUGAUGUUGUUACUAAAAGGAAGACGGCGAGAGUUACUACAAAGACAAAAAUUGAAAAGGAAACGAUCAAGAAGCAGUUGGACAUUAGAAAUAAAAAGAAAAUAGAGGGAAUAAUUAGAAAGAAAGAAGCAAAGGGCAUAGCAAAAAAAAAAGUGGAAAGAGUGAUCACAAAAAAAAAGCUGGAAAAGUUGACACCAAGAAAGAGAAUGGUGAAGGCAGCAAGCAGGAGGAAAGCAGAGAGGGAUCUUUUAGCUAAAAAUAUAGAGGAAGGACUGGACGAUAUAUAUGAUCAUCAGUGUGUUGUGUGCAAGGAGGAGUUUAUAAACCCGGUUGAGUUGUACAGUCACUUGCGAACUCAUGGCAUGGCUUUCCUCAAAUUGGGACGCAAAGCCAGACCUUUGGGGAUGGCAAAAUCACCGGAUUGAUGGGAUAAUGAUUGCCUUUCUGAGCUUAGGCCACCUAUUCACUCCCUUAGACAAUAUUUCAUUCCUCCACAGAACUUGCUAAUUCCAGCCUGGGUCAUAUCGAUCAUUUCUCACCUUAUUGUAGUAGGGCUCUCUUUUUUUUCUAAAUGCCCCCACUAGGUCAUACAUGAGCCUGUUCUCUCAAGUUGCCACUCUAUUAUAUAAAAUGAAAGUUAUGCCUAACCAGAAAUGUACAAACCUAAGCAUCUCGUCUGUCAAGGCCAAUUUAUAGAAAAUAUUAGUUUUAGUACUUCAAUGGUUACUAAUGUCUCAUUUUAAAUGGUUGGUUGAUUCCAUUAAAAAUGUAAUGUAGUAUGUUAAAGGAUAGGUUGCAUACAUGGAGGAAGGAAGACAGAUUUCUCAAUCCCGCCCUGAAUGAUAGACUACAUUUCUAUGGACAGAACUGGUCAUGUUAAAAAAAAAAAAAUCAUUAGUGAGCUCGCAUUCUUUUCAGGCUUUCCUUGAGCUACACCUACCAAUCAGUGAGUUUAGUGAUUUCACUCACCCCGAGACCUUGUUUUGUUUUGUGCUGUGGGCCUACUCUUUAGUGAACAUUUCAUGUUUGCAUUGUAUCUUUGGAUCAGUAAAGCUAGAGACACACAGUGUGGGCAGAGUUUUUUUCAGUGUCAGCUCAGUAUUGCAUUCAGCUGGGCCUGUCAACUCUUAGUUUGCAAUUUAUCACAUAACUGCCAUCAGGUCUUGCACUAUGGUGUUGGGCUGCAUGCAAACAUUAGCAGUUUCUUCGAUCAUGGUGUCACUUGUGUGCAUUCAUGAUUCAUUUGACUUUUAGGUCUCACUUUUUAGUGUUAUGAAUUCGUUUUGUUUUGAAAGUCAUUUUUGUUUGAUUUAAUUAUGUGGAUUCUUCUCUGGUUGGUAAUAGCUACUGGGUGCCUACUUCAGGUUUGCUCUUUGGCAGGAUUUUCUGGGACCCCAUCUAUAUUUUAAUUUGUGGGCUAUCCCAAGCAUUGCAGCCAUUAACAUGGAACUUGGGCUAAUGGGUAAUUCUAUUAUUAUAGUUUUAUAGGGUACCAUACAAUGUUCUUGACACAUCCAUCCCUGCUUUCUUUGGCACUUGUGUUCAGUACAGGUUUUGUGUUCAGUACAGGUCUAUCUUAUUUCUCGAGUGUGUCACGUCCAUCCAUCCAUUUAAUACACCAUUGGUACUUGAUUGCUGGAGCGUGUAAUGGACAUCCUGUACUCUCCACUUCUAGGCUGGUGAGCUGCGUGCUUUUCUGUAUUAUCCUAACCUUUAUCUUUAGUUGUGCCUUUGUUUCACCUUAUCUGGUUCCCUUUUCUGACAAAAAAAAAGAGAUAUCUUCAUUCUGGCAGAGUCCUAUUCUGGUGCAGGCAUGGUUUGUUUAUACGAAUCUAUUACUCAUGCCUCUUGAGGUCUGUGGCUUCUCACUGGGAGUGACUGAGUGGUCCUCAUAAAUAAGAUAUUAAAUAUAGAUGAAAUGCUUCUUUCUGAGCUGGUCACAUGCCUGUUUCUGUGGCCUCCCUUUUAUUCUGUCUUACCCUGUACCUUUUUCCUGUGGGUGUUUUGGGGUGAAAGUGAAGUGGGAUUGUUGGCAAAUUCUGUUUACAUGACCUAGUAGCAGAGCCAUGCUUGGAAGUCUCUCUGAUUUCAAGUACUGCUUGCAGAAGGUUUUAUGUGUAAAGAAAUGUACCUUUUGACUGUCAUUCAAUGCUGGACUGAGAAUUCUCUACUGUCCAUUACUUCAUACAUGACCUGGUGGGGGUGAUUGGAUAAAAUCCCUGCAAUGAUGGAAAUAAGAAGGGUGAUGUGAUCCCUGGCUGGAUAUAACAGUGUUCCUGGUGUAGCAGGAGCAUGAUUAAGGAAGUGAUGAAGUGACCAGAGCAGAAAGGAAUGUGUCACCUACUCACGACGCCUUAUUUUUAUGUUUUUACAAGUGAGGUUUAUUAUGUAAAUAUAGGUUUGAAGGAUCAGACUGUGCUCAAAGCUACAUUUAUAUGCGAUUGAUUCUAGUGAAAGUGAUAAUCUAAUUAAAUUAAAUUGGCUUUUAAUACUUUGUAGCUGUGAACUGUAGUUGUAUGGAGGUACAAAAUUCCAGUUACAUUUGCUGUACAGUAUUUGUAAUUUGCAGCCGUAUAACUAAUGUCACAUUGUUGUAAUUUUUAUUUUAAAAUCUUACAAAAUAUUAUGAAGUACUCUAUGAAGCUUUGUUUCUCUGUUGACAAUAAGACAUACCUAAGCCUGGAGUUUCCAGUGGUACUUGAAACUGUACAAUCUGUCCAAGUAAUUAUAACAUUGUACACUCUCUGUUACCGUACAUAGUUUGUUUUAAUAAAUGAAGCAUCAAUAUUAGGCUUGUCUAGAUUGCUGCCAAAGUAGGUAUAUUUCUAUUUAGCUGUAAAAGUCUAAUGGCAUAAAAAAAAGAAUUUGAAAUAUAAAUUGUAAAUUAUAGUUUAAAAUACUUACUAUUGUUUAUACAGUAAUAAAAAAUUGUCUUAUGGAAUGUUUAUCUGAGUAUAAUUUGUUGGUUAUAUUGAAAUUAUAAUUUAUAGGGCAAAAGAAUAUAGAUGCAAUAUCAUUUAGGGAAUUAAAUUUUUUUUUAUUUUGAAUAGCAAUAUUUUUGUCUACUUAUUCUCAUUUAAAUUUUACUUUAAUCACUAAGUUGAGACAUUUAGUUUUGUCUACAAAUUUUAUUUUCCAGUUAGGUACAUGUUGUCUAGUCAUGUCUGGCUGUCCUACAGUCAUAUUGGUUUGUGUUACGGUAUUCGAUGUCUGUUAUCACAUUAUUUCACAUUUUCCUUGAUAUAUUUUGCUGCUUUCCAACCAGUUUGUCCAACCACUUGGACUAGACAGUAGAGUGCCGGCAUCACUUCUUACAGGUCUGCAUUCGAUCCCUGCCCAUCCAAGUAGUUGGCACCAUUCCUUUCCUAUGUCCUAACCUAAAUCCUUAUCCUCAUAUCCCUUCCAAGUGCUAUAUAGUCAUACUGGCUUAGUGCUCUCUCCUUAUAAUUACCUUACCUUUAAAGUAGUUUGUUAUGGACUAUAAUUUGGCAAUGCACAGGCAUCUUCUGUAUUGUUUAUGAAAAUUACUGUACAAUAUUGUGAUAUUUUAGAAAGUUUUGUUUUAUAGGCUCUCCAUUUUUAUUUUGACUAAGUAUAUUGCUAUUCUCAAGUGUCAUCAUUUAUUAUACUACGGCUUCUGUCUAGCUUGAUAUUUGUUAUUGUGUAUUGCUCUUAAAAUUUAUUUUGGUAUCAGAUUUUUAUAGAAAUUACAAUUAGCCGUCUUUGACCUUGUAGUACGAGAAUAUAUCUAGACUGCUUCCAUAGGCCUUCUUGCCCUCAGAAAUUAAGAAUAUUACAAAUAGUUUAAUUUGGUUAUUUUGUUAAUUUUUUAAAUAAAUAUUAAUAAAAAGUUUUGUUUUGUAGUAAAGCCAAGAGCAGUACAGUACAAUGUACUUCUUUAUUUGCAAGAUUAACUGCUGCUGUUCUGUCUUUGGUGACUUAGAACCUUCACAUGACAAACACCUUUCACAGUACGGUAUGUAUAUAAUUGUUAGAGAUCAUUCACAGAAAUGCUUAAGAACAUGUAAAAAACUAAAUAAGGCAGCUAUAUUUUUCAUAAAGACUCAAAGACCUUAUAGUUUGACCAAAAGGCAUUCAUACAGACGUUCUUAUGCAUUUUUUUACUACAGUAGUGUAAAAGGCAAGAUUUUAUAAGUUGCUAAUAUGCAUGUUUAAAGUACAAAAUUUGACUCGUGUAAAGCAUAUACAGUACAGUACUACUAUUACAAGGAAGCUUUUAAUUUUGUUCAGCAGUUAUAAUGGAUGUUGCAGGAUAUACUUAUAGUUUAAUAACAUUAUGCAGGACCCAAGGCACAAUAACAUGGCUGAAAAUUACACACUGAGCCCACAAAUCUGAAAACAGAGAGUGGCAAUGCUUCUGUCAGUCCUGGACCAUUAUAAAGUUGAACCAUUACACAACUUUAUAGUGGUCCUGGAUGGACCAAAUGUCAUUUUCUAUAUUUUCAGAUUUGUGGGUUGGGUGUCGUAAUAAGAUUAUCUAAAUCUGAAUUAAUCUCCUCCAACCCCACAGGCAUCAUGAUCAGGUUCUCAAUAAGUAACAGACUGAAAAAUGUGUAUUUUGCUAUAUAAAGUAGUACUGUAAAAAUUCAAAUACUUAAAUUUUUGUCUUAGAAAUUAAACACAUUCAUGUGAACUUGAAGUAUAGCUUACUCAUAAACAUACCAAUUGUUACUGGCUUAACAAAACAAAAAUGCCCUUAAUUAUUUCUUGCUGAAAAUGUGUAAGUCUUUAACUAAAAGAAGUUGAAGGAAAUUUUUAGAUAUCCUCGUGUACCUACCCAGUGGGCACAAUAUUCAAGUGGCGUUGGUUUGACAUUGAAUCAACAUUUUUAAUGUUAAUUCAGCAUUGAAUCGGCUUUGAUGACAUUGAUUCGCUGUUGAAUUGGCAUUGCUCUUGAAUAUUGUGCCCACUGGGUAGUACUGUACCGUUUUGUGGUCAUAAAGUAAAUUAUUUGUCCGUGGUUCUCACAGCUAGAGGCUGUUUAGCCCGAGACAAAUUCCAGAUUUUAUUUAGCACAUUGCUGUAAUGUGAAAAAUCAAUGUAAAAAUACAACUAAAAAAAAAUAGUAGAAGCUGUACUUAAAAAAAAAAAGUAAAAUUUCAUUGGUUCUAGUGUUAAAGCUUGUGUGUCAGUUUUUGUAGUAGAAUAUCCCUCGAGGUUCCCUGACUACCUUUAUAUUUGAAACGUGCCGUUUUCCACCCAACCUGUCCUCUCGAAUAGUACUGUACAUUGCAUUUUGAAUUAUAAAUUCCCAACUUCAAAAUAAGAUGUACAUACUGUACUAUAAAUCAUUGCGGUUUGGAUAAUUGACCGACUGUCUCAUUUUUUAUUUGUGGGUUCUUGGUUAGGUUAGGUUCGGAGAAUUUAGUACGUCAUUUUUGUGAUGAUGUGACAUCUCGAGAGGACGGGCUGCUGCUCCACACUCGGUGCUCGCCAUUAUUUUAUAUAAUCUUGCGUCUCAUAUUUAUAGCCGUGAUGGUGUUUUAAAAUUUUAAUAAACAUUAAUUUGUUCAAAGACUAUGAUGAAACUACUUGAUCUUUAUCAUGGUGUUAUGUAUUUAUUGAAAAUUAUAAAACAAUAUAGAUCUUUUAUGAAAACAUCCACUAA